CACACAUAAAGAGUAUGGAGAAGAUAACUUGACAUUUGUUAAGGAUGAGCUCAUUGAGUAUAAGUACACAGCAAAAAUUGGAGUGUUAAAAUGUGCUGGAGUAAAUGUCUCAGAGUUGAUUUUAACCCUAAAAGUGGGAUUUAAACACUUUCUGACUUAAAUUGUACUCAAUCUUGGAGUUAUUUGACAAAAUGUAUUCCAUCAGUGUUGAUUUAACUCUUAAAAGAGAAAAUUCUAAAUACUGUAACUCUGUACAGAGGCUGGUUAAAAAUCUGAACUCUGUCAUGAGUUAAUUUAAUAGCUUUAACUCUGUAUCGAGUUAAUUUUGAACUGAAGUUAAGCCCCGCCCUCCCACACACCCCCAGUGCCGCAUUUUUCUUCAUCGGUUGGAGCCUCAUGGAAGAACAGUACUGAUUUUGCACAUGCAUGCAGUUCUACAGGUUAAUUGAAACUGUCUUAAGAAGCAAGUCUGGUGGUGAUGAAGUAAAACAGGAAUACCAAGCAACAAACACCAUGAAGGAUGCCACAAGGCGACAAAUGGUUAACAUACUUAUGGCUCACAUGAUUGAUAGUCAUGGGAUGAACUUCUUUGAUGCAGCAAGUGGUGCAGGAUACAUUUCUUGGCGUCUGAAAACUGUCCAAAGAAAGAUUCGUCGUGGAUCUCCAACACCACCUAAUAGGUUGACAGACAGUUCAUCAGGUGGCCCAAAUCUCCAAAGGACUGUGAAUGUUAUACACCAGCUUGAUGGGGAUGCUUGCAAGGAGGCCAUGUCUUUGCUCAACCAUACUACAGACAACUCUGUGAUUCUCCAGAAGAUGAAGGAGACCUUUCAGCACCAUCAGAGGCUUGUUAAUGACCCAGGCAGAAGCGUUGGUAUCCUGUCCACUUUUCCAAGAUUCCUGGAUCCAAAAGGACGGGUGGAGCAAGACUUCACUCUCCUAUUCGAUGAUGACAGGUUGCUUCAGAAAUGGAAAACGUUCUUCAGGCCAAAUGUCAUAAAAGAGGGUAAGAAGCUCACAUCAACACCAGAGUUGCUUCACUUCAGUCAGCAGAAGGUCAUCAAGAAAAUCAUCAAGAUGAUUCUACAGCCUUUGAACAAGAAAUGGCAUAACUGUUGGUGUUGUUACAUCUCCUUCCACCACCAGGAGGACAAAGGUCUCCAAAAAUCAGUGCAAGUGAUGCAAGUCAGAGACUUGUAGUCUUUCAUAAGUUUCCUUAUGUCAACCGCAGUCAUGCUGCAGUCUGGAAGAGCAUCUCUGCAAUCAACAAGGUCGGCAACCAAACCUCCUCGCUGUCAGGCAUCAGAAGAGCAAGACUGACACCUUCUACAUCACCAUAGAUGAGCAUCUCAUUCCAUGCCAGGCGAGCCACUCACUUGGGGCAUUUGAUGAACUUUUCAAAGCACAUUUUGUGUUUAAUUUGUCCCAAGUUAAUAUAAAGCUGGACUUGUUAUUUGCAGUGCAGUGGAAGAAGACCUGCCUGUCUUUUGCCAAACAAGUGAUUUACUUUUGGUUGAAGAUGACAUUUUUUUUAUGGGAAACAAGUUGUUUACAGAGUGUUUUGAUAACCAUCUAUAUGCAUUCAGAGUUGUACAUGCCGAGGAGAGAUGCAUAGUGAAAAUGUCAGAUCUAAAGUUUUAUAAACCUUUUGAUAUGCAAAGGUCACACGAUGUUUCAGAUGAGAGAGUGCACAUUGUGCCUUCAUUCAAAAAUCUUUGAAGACAAAAUGAAAGUCCUUUUUGGGAAAAUGUUUUUGUGCAAUGUAAUUCUUUCUCAGAGUUUAAGUUGAACACUUUCCAGUGUAGAAAGCCUGACACUAUAGGGAGUGAAGCCAACACUAACCAGAAGGUUAAAAAUUGCAUCUCAGCAGAGUCACUUAUCCAGUCUCUAAAGUGUCAUUUUAACUCUGUUUUGAGAGUUAAAACAUGAACUCUGGCACAGUGUUAAAUAUUUUAACUAUUUCAAAAAUGUUGAUUUCACUGUAAAGAGUGUGGAGCUAUAAACCCUGAAAAAGUUUUGAAAAUGACUCUGUGGGAGUUUAUUAAACACUGGUCUUUUUUGCUGUGUAUAGAGAGACGGGAUUGCUGCUUCUCAUUCAUGACCUCUGCAUUGUGCAUCAUGUUGAAAGUGUCCAUAUCUGUCCUUGUAACAUGAAUUAUUU